AUGGCUGACGACGACUUUGGUGCCGAUGCCGACUUUUUGGAUGCUCUCGCAUCAUCUUCAAGUGGAAUCAUCUCCGGACAAGGCAACCAGCAGCAGGCGGCAAGUCGCAUCCAGCAGCCGCGCCCGCAAAAGAUACAACAACCAACACCCCAGAGGUUGGACAAAGCACCACCCACGGCCAAUUCUGGACCAAAGAUCGUGCAGCCGACACCUCAAGCCUUACCUCAGCGCUCCUCAGGUUCAUCCAUCUUGGUGUCGCCCCGGCAAAAAGGCAACCCCGUUCUGGCAGCUCUUCGUUCUGUACCAUGGGAGUACAGUGACAUUCCCGCCGAUUAUGGGCUCGGCUUGACCACGUGCGCGCUCUUUCUAAGCCUCAAGUACCAUAGAUUACACCCAGAGUACAUCUACACACGUAUUCGGAAUCUCCAGGGCAGGUACAGCCUAAGAAUCGUCCUGACCAUGGUGGAUAUUCCGAAUCACGAAGACCCGCUCCGCGAGUUAUCCAAGACGUCACUCGUCAACAAUGUCACGGUCAUCCUUUGUUGGUCGGCUGCCGAGGCAGCGCGCUAUCUAGAGCUCUAUAAAUCCUACGAGCAUGCCAAUUUUUCGGGAAUCAAGGGACAGCAAGCCACGAGCUAUACCGAGAAGCUGGUCGAGUUUGUCACCGUACCCAGAGGCAUCAACAAAGCAGACGCCGUGUCGCUCGUGAGCGCAUUCGGUAGCAUCCGCGCUGCCGUUAACGCCGAACCCGAGCAGGUCUCCAUCAUCGGCGGCUGGGGAGAGAAAAAGGUGCAAAGAUGGUGUAGCGUCGUGGAAGAACCAUUCAGAAUCCAGCACCAUGCGAAAAGGCGUGCAAUCGCCAGCGAAAGCAGCAACGCCACUGAUCAAGCCUUGCCUCUCAGCAGAGUACCGUUGAGGGACAUGCCCAGCCUUUCCACCGCCGCAUCUCGAGGCAGCUCAACGCCGCAGCCUCAACAGGUGCGAAAAGAAAAUUCGCAGGCCAAAUCGGGUCAAUUUCAGAUACGUGAUCCAGCCAAUGAUGACGAAGACGGAGACGAGGAUGCUAUGAUUGCCGCAGCUAUAGAGGAGUCCAAGAAGACUGCCGCGCUUGAAGGGGCGUCGAGUGCUCGGCAGAACGAAGAUCAGCUGAGUGAGGGGAUAGCAGCUGCACUAGCCAGGCUCAGAGAUAAGGACUAA